ACACACGCACGACGUCGAGCGGUGGGGGCUGGGCCCGGGCCCCGCCCAUGCGUGAAGGGGCGCGGCUGCGCAGCGCCGGCGGGUUGUCCUAGCGCCCCCCUGCCAGUCGGCGCGGUCCGGCGGGGACCUUGGGAGUCGUGGAGGAGCCCAGCCGCAGUGGCUGCAGGAGGACCCUGCCCCCGCACCUCCACGGAGAUCCAGAGCGCAGCCGCAUUCUCUGAACCUCCCCGCCCCAGUCCCGGGGGGCUCAGUUCGGCUCCACCUGCAAAUACUGCAGUGGAAACUAACGGUCAGUGGAUGGACAUUUGCGUCUCAUUUAAAUAUUGUCCAAAGCAUCCGGCGCCUUUCAUGCCUGCUGCCGCUGUCCAUCACCUCCGUGUCCUUCUGGAGGCUCGCGUCCUCUCUGGCUGGGUAUCACUCUCCCUGUCUUCCAGGUCUGCAUCUGCGGUUGCCAGGUAGGCGGGUGUGAGAGGCCCAAUCCUCCUGAUUCUCCAGCGGCUGUCCCGUCGCCGCCGGCACAAUGCUGUCCCCUCAGAGGGCUUUACUCUGCAACCUCAACCACAUUCACCUCCAGCAUGUCUCUCUGGGCCUGCACCUGUCCCGCCGUCCUGAGCUACGGGAGGGGCCCUUGAGCACAUCCCCUCCCCCCGGGGACACAGGGGGCAAGGAGAGCCGGGGGCCCUGCAGCGGGGCCCUGGUGGACGCCAAUUCCAACAGCCCAGCUGUGCCCUGCCGAUGCUGCCAGGAGCACGGGCCAGGCUUAGAAAACCAUCAAGACCCAGCACAGGAGGAAGAGGGGGCUGCCUCUCCCUCGGACCCGGGCUGCUCCUCCUCUCUCAGCUCCUGCUCUGAUAUUAGUCCCGACGAGUCCCCCAUCUCGGUGUACUCGCGGAGCCUCCCUGGCGACCAGGACGUCCAUCCUCAGCCCAGCAUCAUCCCCCUGGAGCAGGGCUCCCCACUGGCUUCCGCAGGCCCUGGCGCCUGCUCUCCCGACAGCUUCUGUUGCUCGCCCGAUUCCUGCUCCGGGGCAUCCUUCCCACCGGGCCCUGACCUCGACUCCAACUGCAACGCCCUGACCACCUGCCAGGACCCCCCUUCCCCAGGGCUAGAGGAAGAGGACGACGGUGGGGAGCAGGACCUCCCCACCUCCUCCGAGCUCCCGGAGGCGGAUGAUGGGAAAGCCGACGCUGGGCAAACCGAACCCAGUUGGAAAAUCAACCCCAUUUGGAAAAUUGACACGGAGACAACUGACGCGGGCUGGAAAACCACGAAGAACAAUAACUCCGGCUGCACGAUCAGUGGGAAUACUAACUCUAGCUGGAAAACGGAACCUGGAAAACUCGACUCUGGUUGGAAAAGCACCAGAGGAGUAACUGAUCGCAGCUCGAACACAGAUGCGGGGAAAGCUGAUGCGGGGUGGCGGAGUGACGUCAGCGAGGAGCCAGCGUCCCACCGGACAAUCACGUCCUUCCACGAGCUGGCCCAGAAGCGCAAGCGGGGCCCAGGGCUGCCCCUGGUGCCGCAGAUCAAGAAAGACCGCAGCGACUGGCUCAUCGUCUUCUCGCCCGACAGCGAGCUGCCCCCUAGCGGCUCGCUGGGCUGCUCCCCGGCCCCGGCCCCGCCCCGGGAAGUCACCACCUUCAAGGAGCUCCGCUCCCGAAGCCGGGCCCCGCCCCCACCGGUGCCGCCCCGGGACCCCCCGGCCGGCUGGGCCUUGGUGCCGCCCCGGCCCCCGCCCCCGCCCGUGCCGCCGCGGAGGAGGAAGAACCGGCCGGGCGGGCGGGGCGCGAAGUCCCGCCCGGGGCAGACGGGGCGGAGGUGGGCGAGCGGCCCGGGAGCGGGAGGGGACGGCGAGCGCGGGGCGCCCCGCCCAGCCCCGGGCUCUGUCCCUGCUCGCUUCCGGCCCGGGGCGCUGCGGACCUGA